AUGGCGGACAUGAAAGACGGAAAGUUCGUCCACGACGUUACGGUGGCUCCCAAGUCGGACCGCGUCUUCCCUCUCUUCUCCCUCAAGGGCAAGACCGCCAUCGUGUCCGGCGCCAGUGCGGGCAACAUUGGAUUGGGAAUAGCCCAGGUCCUGGCCGAAGCCGGCGCCAACGUGGCCAUAUGGUAUAACCGGAGGAAAGAAGAGGCAGAGCAGUCUGCCGCGGAAAUCGAAAAGGAGUAUGGCGUCAAGUGCCGAGCCUACCAAGUCAACGUCACGGCCUACGACGCCGUCGAAGAUGCCAUCAACACCAUCGUGCGGGAAUUCAACGGGCGGCUGGACGUCUUCGUUGCCAACUCGGGCGUCGCUUGGACCAAGGGCCCCAUGCUCGACGGGCCCAUCGACAUGUACACCGACGUCGUCAAGACCAACCUCGACGGCACCUACUUCAGCGCGCGGGCGGCAGGCCUGCACUUCCGCCGGCAAAAGCGCGAGGGGACCGAUUUCGUCGACAACAAGCCGCUUGACCCGCCUUUUACCACGGGCAGCUUCAUCGCGACGGCGAGUAUGAGCGGCCAUAUUGUGAAUGUGCCGCAGCUGCAGGCCUCGUACAACGCGAGCAAGGCCGCUAUCAUUCACCUCUGCAGGAGUCUGGCGGUGGAGUGGACUGGCUUUGCGCGCGCCAACUCGGUCAGUCCGGGGUAUAUCAUCACGAGCAUCUCGGAGUUUUGUGACGAGGAUACGAAGAGGGCGUGGAAGGACAAGAUUCCGAUGGGCCGUGAGGGCGAAGUGAACGAGCUCAAGGGUGCAUACCUUUAUCUGGCGUCAGAUGCGUCGUCGUAUACCACGGGAGCAGAUAUCAACGUGGACGGAGGGUACUGCGCGCCAUAA